GUGCCGACCCGCGAGCAUCGUGUCGCAACCAACCCUUUCUUUUACGAAUCCCUCGUCUUUCCUUCGUUCUCGAUCUCGUUCGAACGCUUAUUCCCUCUACGCUGCUCCGCUCCCCUCCUUUACUCUCUUUUUCUCUUUUCAUACUCUUCCUUUCUUUUUUUUUUUAUUCUUUCUUUCUCUCUUUUUACUUUCACCCUGAAAGGACCAACAGCCUUUUUUUUUCUUUUUAAAACCGGUCACGUGUCAUUAUCCUCCCUUCUUUUAGGUGCCACCUCAUUCGGAGUGGAAGUGCCGGCUCGAGUGCUAUUAACGAUUCCACUUUGAAUUAGUCAUAUUACGGAGAAGAAUCGUCGAUAAAAAUUCUCCGAUUCGUGGAUCGUGAUAACGAUAGAAGAUAUCAAAUCAUUUAAAUGUAACCGUGGAAACAAGUAUGACGGGUGAAGGAACACGAGGAAACUCCUGAGUACGCCGGAAACACGCGUAUUCGAUCGAAGGAGGACUUAUGUAAUCUGUAGAGCGUGACGACUUUGGGGUGGAAAGUUAAGUGAAAUGUGAGUCGAGGAUGGAGUUAAGGAUCAGUAUACUGCUCUUGGCGUUACUUCGUCUAUCGAGCACAUUGGAAAGUACGCAAGACGAAGGAGACGGGGAGGAAGAAGACGAUGAAAAUUAUGCAGUGGAUGAUUAUGGUGAUGAUUACGACGACUAUGAGACCGCUACGAUAUCAAGCGACACCGAUUUUAUUGCCGGAGGCCCGCUACCGAUCUUCUUGGUGGAACCUGUUCGUUCUUUCGUCGUCAAAGGGAAACCGGCAACUCUUCAUUGCCGUGCUGCUCACGCUCUUGAAGUGUACUUUCGUUGCAACGGCGAACGGGCUGAGCACUCGCAGCAGCAGGAUUUUGUAGACCCUCGUACCGGAACGAGGGUCGUCGAGGUUGAGUUGAACGUGACGAGGAACGAGGUCGAGGAGUACUUUGGAUCGAAGAAGUUCAAGUGCGAGUGCGUCGCUUGGUCGGGAUCAGGUCAGAUUAAAGGGCAGUCCGCCACGGUUGAGGUCGCCUACCUCAAGAAACAUUUCCUCUCACCGCCAUAUUCGCUGUCCGUCGAAGCCGGUCGUAAUGCGGAAUUACGAUGUACGCCACCCUUGGGAAUACCACCACCCAAGGUCUAUUGGCUGAGAAACGGACUACCUUUCGAGACAAUCUCCGGUUUACCUUCUACCUCCGACAUGAGUCCCAACGAAGUGUCACCUGCUAGUUUCGUGCAGACAACUGAAGGAUAUCUACGCCUAGGAGAAGCUGAACUCAGACAUCAAGGGAAUUAUUCUUGCGUGGCGGAAAAUCUAGCAGCACGUAGAGUCAGUGAGCCUGCAGUACUCACGAUUUACGUGAACGGAGGGUGGUCCUCCUGGUCUGGUUGGUCGGAAUGUAGUACGAGAUGUGGUAGAGGUGUACAAAAGAGAACUCGAACUUGCACGAAUCCAACAGCCAUCAACGGUGGACAAACCUGUUCUGGACCAGCCACACAAAGAUUCGAAUGCAAUCCCUCUUGUCCUGCGGUCGAUGGCAGAUGGUCAAGCUGGUCCUCGUGGUCUGCAUGCGGUCCCGAUUGUUCGAGAGUAAGGAGGAGAUCCUGCAACGACCCCCUACCGAGCGAUAGUGGUCGGCCCUGUCAAGGCAAGGACGUCAUCGUCGAAUCCUGUACUACGGACCGAUGUAACGCGCUUGGACACGACGGGCCGAGAGUCUUCAAGGAAGCAACAAGGGCGGUCGAUCACAGGAACAUUUUUGCCUUAUGGAUCACGCUCAGUCUCGCGGCAAUAAUCUUAGCUUUAACCACGAUCUUCAUGGUUCGUUUGAUGCGCCGUAAAGAGAGAAUAGAAGCUCUUUAUAGCGUAGCAAGAUUGGACUUUCGUCGACCGGUUGAUCUCGCUAAAUCCGUUGUCUCGAAGACUGAUCGAACCGCUUUGACGGUGGACAAACGUCUCGAACACGUCAUCGACGAAUCAAACGCUUCUAGAUUGCCAAGAUCCUGUUCGGAACAUCAUUACGAUAUGCCACAAUUGUCGCUUCCAUCAACGACAAGAGCAUCACCCAGUUCAUCAGUCACCAGGUCCUCUUGCAGAAAUUCUCAGAGAGGAAGAGGUUCAACGUGCCAGGUCAAUUCGGAGAGUACAAACGAGGAUGAAAAAGAGCAGGAAGAUGACGAAAGACCAGACGAAGAAGAAAGAUCUUCGAUCAACGACGAGCAUUCAACCGGUUUUGUGGUUAGAGCUAACGUGGACGAACAGGGUGCGCUUUUGGUGGUUCCAGAAGUUAGUGUCUCCAUGUCAAUUCCCGAAGGUGCCGUACCACGUGGUCGACGUCACAGUUUGCAUCUCGCCAUCUUAGGAGAAGAUUCAUUGAGGCCAAAAUUACCACCAGGAUUAACUUUGCUCUCAGCUGUGAUCGCGUGUGGUCCCUCCAACGUUGAUCUACUGAAACCAGUGAUUUUACAGUUUGAACACUGUGCCGAACUUAGAACUGGAAAUUGGGAGUUGAGUCUUUGGUCGACUGACAUCGACCUUGAAACUCGUUCAACUAACUCAUCUAACGCUUCGACGAAUACCAGCCUUUCACCUUCCAGUACAGUUUGGCGUAAGAUUUUAACCCUCGGUGGUGAACCAACUAAUUUACCUGGACAACCAUUUGCUCAACUUGAUCACGCAGGAGUAUUUCUCGUAACGGAAACACCUUGCGCUUAUGCUGUAGCUGGUGAAAAUUCGAUGGUCGCUCCUGGGUUAGCUGUUAAACGUCUUUGCGUGGCUGUUUUCGUUUCACGUGAACGAGAUCGCGUUAGAUGUCAUAUAUUGGAGGACACCAAAGCAACUCUCAAACUUAUAGCCGAACGAGAACAUCGUCUUGGUGGUGCGCACAUCGAUCACAGUACUCUUGAAUUUCGUGCGUCAGGUACUUCGCUUCGGGUCGAUCUCGAGGAUAGAGAAAGCGGUUUUGCCGAGCGUCAAGAAGUGCCAUACCGUCGAGUAUGGUCAUCCUUGAGAUCGAGCAUUUACCUUUCCUUUAGAAUUGAAAAGAUCGUUGGCGAUAUCAGACUUAGUUUCGAAUUUCGAGCGUGUCAACGUGGAUUUGAAGAUCAGGGUUUGCUGUUAAGAAUCGAUCUUGAUCUCGCUAAAAGAGGUAACGUUCUCGCCAAAAAGAAUAAUGGAAAGGUCGAAUCAUCUAUCAUUAUGCGGGGAAAAAAUUCUACGAGAUCUACGGAAUCUGUUGUUUCUAGACCAUUCAGGUUUUCAAAGACUUUGAGAAAGCAACUUUGUCAAUGCUUAGAUCCUCCUAGCGCUCGAGGAAACGAUUGGAGAAUGUUAGCUCAAAGAUUACAAGUUGAUCGGUACGUCGACUACUUUGCAACUAAAGCGAGUCCGACCGAACAUAUUCUGGAUUUAUGGGAAGCUAGACAUCGCGAAGCCACAGCUCUAGCAGAUCUUUUGAACCAUUUAAGACUGAUGGGUCGCGUCGAUGCGGCCAGUGUUCUUGAAAGUCGACUUGGGCCUUGGAUUUAAAUAAAAAAUAAACACUAAAGACAAUUAUCGAAAGUCACUGCCACUUAAAAAAAAAUAAACGUCAUUUAAUGAUUAUGUUAUCUUGUACAUAUGACGAAUAAAAUAAUUAUUAUAAGGUGUCGAUGUAGAUUCAAAGGUUGUAUAGACGGUGAUCGUAUUUGUACAUAAAGUUGGU